CUUGACCAUGCCCAGCGAACGGUUCGGCUGCAUCAUUUUCCAUUUAAAGCAGUGAAAUUUUCUGUACUUUCUGUGUUAUUCCCUUAAAUAGUCAAAAACCAAGUUAAAAUGCAAUUUCUGCUAGUGUUUAUUAUUUUAACAUCGGUUGCUUAUAACGAUGUUGGAUGUCAGGCUGACAGGGCGGCUGGAGAAACGAAGUUUCUGGUACUCGAAGAUGAUAAUACAGAACCCACAGUUCUUGAUUGUGACUUUCACUUGAAUGAUACUGAAUCAUUUCUUACUGUUAAAUGGUUUCGCAAUGAUAAAGCUAUUUAUCAGUGGAUUCGGGGUUCGCAACCUGCUCCAAUUCCUGAAUUUAAAAAUGAUGUGGACAGCUCUUAUGAGGCUUCAAAGGACCCAAAUAAACAGUACAGCUCACUGGCUCUUAUUAAUCCCUCAAUAAGUUCUACGGGAGACUAUAAAUGUGUUGUACAAUCGAAAACGGAUUCGGACACUAUACACAAAACUGUACAAGUAAUUGAUACUAGAAAUAAUACUUUGAAACUGGCUCGUUAUCAAAUUCAAAAUGAGACUCAAUUAGAAUGCACUAUUUCCAACGUAUUCCCGAAGCCAACAUUAACUAUUAUAUCCGAAGAUGACGAAAUUGUGAAAGUUGAGACACCUGAUCCUUAUGAAAACGAGGAUGGAUACUUCAAUGCAUCUACUAAAGCUGUAGUCCAGGAUAACGAUGAGGAUAUCGACUCCUACAAAUGUGUGGUCACUUUUGAUGGCUACUCACAGAAUUUAACCACUGAAAUAACCUCUUCAUCAUGUAGAGGAUUCGUCGAUUUUCGAAUAGUGUUACUAAAUUCUUUUGUGUUAUGCUUGCUUGCAAACCUGAAUUUGUUUAUUUAAAUAAAAGUUGUUGAGUUUUAUUGUUGCAGAAA